CUGCAGGAGAGCUCAGAUGGGAAGAACAUUUUCUAAAAAUGGUCUCCAAACUUCAGGGACUUGAUAACCCGUCAGGACACGCUGCCGUCCUCUCGGACAGAGACUGUACUUCUGAAGGCUGCAGUGUCAACUAGAAAAGAUGCAGUCCCUGCCCAUGGAGGUGGGCAGCAGCAGCAGCAGCAGUAGCGCAGCUCCCAGAGACACAUCUGGCCCGGUUGUGCAGGUGUGCUUCCCCAGCGCUCAGGCCUCGGUGCUGGGCAGUCUGAACCGGCAGAGAGAAGACGGCCGGCUCUGUGACCUCUCCAUCCACGUCCAGGGUCACGUGUUCAAAGCCCACCGCUGCGUGCUGGCCGCCUCCUCUCCCUACUUCCAUGACCAGGUCCUCCUGAAGAACAUGUCCACAGUCUCCAUCCCAGCCGUGAUGGACCCGCUGGCGUUUGAGAGCGUGCUGAGCUGCGCCUACACUGGGCAGCUCCGGAUGCUGCGCGACGACAUCGUCAACUACCUGACGGUUGGCAGCGUCCUGCAGAUGUGGCACAUCGUCGACAAAUGCACCGAGCUGCUGAGGGAGGGCCGGGCAGCAGCUGGCGGAGGAGUAGGUGGCGGAGGUGCCGUGCAGGACGGGGUCAGUGUUGGAGGAGGAGGGUCGGCUAACCUCGGAUGCAGCAGCAGCAAUGGAGACGGUAUUGCAGGCGCUGGUAACAGAGCUGGUAGUGAUGAUGGUGUGGGUGAUGGAGUAGCCCAGGUGAUGGGGUCCAACGAGCCGCAGCGUGACUCCCUCCCCCCCAGCCGCCCGUCAGUGAGCGAGAGUCAAUCCCCCAGCAGCACCAACUACUUCAGCCCCAGAGACGGGGGCGGUGCAGCCGCAGCCGGAGCUCCAGCGGAUGGAGGCAGGGCCAGCAACACCCCCAGCUACUGCACCCCAUCAGGAGGAGAGGAAGCCUUUCUUAUUGAGGAAGAGGAGGACGACUUAGAGGAGGAAGAGGAAGAAGUGAUGUAUCACCAAAGGAAGAGAGAAAGAGAAGGAGGAAGCGGAAGGAGGAAGAAGAUGAGCUCAGUGUCGGAGCAGGAAGUCGGGGUCAGCGACAGCUUCGGCGUGUCUUCCUAUCAGGACGGGGAGCACAUGCCGCUGCAGAGGCGUCCUGCCUACAGCCAGCCCAGCAUCAUGCCUCGCAAACAGUGGGUGGUGGUGAAGACCGAACGCAUGGAGGACGACGACCUCAUCGUGGUGUCCGGGGAGGAGGGGGGAGAAGAUGAGGACGAGGAGGAGGAGAGGGAGAUGGAGCUCGCCCGGGAGAGGGAGAGAGGCAACUUCAACAUCUCCAACGUUAGGAGCCUUUCAGCCGACCUGCCAACCAGAGCAGAGAGCGACAUGGACUCACAGGUGGACUACUGCCAGUCUUCAGAGGACUACCUCAAGUUUGAAGGCAGCUUAAUGGACCAGUCUCUGGCUCAGCACCUCCAUGACAGCGCGGCAGGUCAGAGCCAGAGCGCUAACCGAGCCGUGUCAGCGCUGCUGGGCCAGGUCCAGUCUGCAGCCUCGGCCCGGGCUCAGCUCUUCCCCCUGGACAUGCAGGGGAACCAGAUCCUCCUCUACAGCCAGGCCUCCGGACUCUCUCUUGACGGGGCUCCCCCUCCCCUGGGGAUGGCAGGCGGUAUGAUCGGAGGAACCUCCUUCAAAGGGCCCAGUCUGGAGCAUGGCGCGGUCCAUUUGUCAGUGCAAGGCGGCCUAGGAGCUGAUGGCAUGGACGGUGGAGGGAUUGGAGGUGGAGGAAGCGGCAGUCACAGCAGCACUGGGGGUUCUGGGAAGGUGUUUAUGUGCCACUGCGGUAAGACGUUCACUCACAAGAGCAUGAGGGACCGCCACAUCAACAUGCACCUGGACCUGAGGCCCUUCCACUGCCCCGUCUGUGCCAAGAAGUUCAAGAUGAAGCAUCACCUCACCGAGCACAUGAAGACGCACACGGGCCUCAAGCCGUACGACUGCCUCAGCUGCGGCAAGAAGUUCAUGUGGCGCGACAGCUUCAUGAGGCACCGCUCACACUGCGAGAGGCGCAGCGGGCUGGGGGAGGGCGGCGAGGGUGGGAGCGGCGGCGAGGGAGUGAGAAGAGGAGGAGGUGGAGGCGAAGAUGGGCAAGAUCUGAUGUCCUCCUCUCACCUCCUCCUGUCUGCAGGUGAGGGAGGACAGGGUAGUGUUGUUGGAGGAGGAGGAGGGGGAGGGAGGGGAGGCGUGUCGGUUUCUUCUCAGCAUCUUUCCAACAGUGUUCUGUCUCAGGCAACAGGAAGCAGCAGCAACAGUGUUAACAACAUGGCCGCCACUGGAGCACUGCUAGGGGUCUCCCAGGGUCCCGGUCAGGGGGCAGGGAUGUUUGCUGCUCUAGGGUUGGGUCGAAGUGUGUGUGAGGAGGACGUGUGUGAAGUCAGUGCUAAUGAUAGCAGUGUGACCUAAACCAGAAGUGUGAUAGGUCCAACAGGAGCCUUUUUGUCAUGUUUUUUGUUCCUGCUGCUGUUUUUAAAUGAUAGUAAAAACACUUUCAACUGCCAACACUCAGCGUUUCAAACAGGAACCGCGCAUUUUGUCUGGAGUGGGCAAAGAGUCGAGGCUCGCUUUGGACACAAGCUGAAGAACCUGAAAAUAUAUGUUGGAAAUUGGGAUUCGGAGAUGCUAGUCUACUGCCGAGGGUCUGUGAAACAGAUCUGAGGUUUUGCCAACACAAAAUAUCUGAACUAUUUAGUAACAGUCCUCCUUAUAGUGGCCCCAUUCAAGAAGGACCUUUGUCUCAGUGAGUAAGCUAUUGUUUUAAAUAUCCCAGAAGUUUAUUUUUUGGAAGAAUGCUUUGCGUGUCGAGGGGAAACCAAAAAUGAAGAGACAGUGCUUCACUAACUAUCAGUAGAGAAAAACAAAUGGCCGUUCUAAACUGCUGUUCUGCAGUGUUGUAUUAUAAGGAGUCACAGUCACAUGAUUGUAUUCAAACAAACCUACAGGAAAGAACACAACUCUGAAAGAAAAGAAGCUGCAGAUUUGUUUCUCCUUAGUUUCCCACGUAACAACCUGUUAGCACUGCCAUGUUGUUUUUAAUGACUCUACGGUGCUGCUUUACUUGAAGCCCAGACUCGAUUACAGUGAAAGGAACAAUCUAGUUUCCUCAUCACAAGGGAGCCCUGUUCGUCUUUUGGCUGCUUAUUUACCAACUUGUACAGCCUCCAAGCUAAAGCCUCAGAUUACUUUUUUUUCUAGACUGAAUGUUAGGAAGUUAAAGUAGCGAAAUGGAAGAAAAAAAAGAACAGUUUUUAACACAAACACUACCUGUACCUGAUGAGUUCGACACUUGCCCUGUGGAGAUUUAAAAGCAAGUAGAAUUCUCAUUGCUUUUACUUUUGCUGUUGUAACCUGCGUUCACUUUCUAGUUCUCAUGCUUUGAGAAAUAUAUUGUUACUGUAAAUAUAUAGAAAUAUAUGUCAUCAGACCUGGGACAAAUACUAACUUGUAGAACUGAUGCGUUUGCUGCCGUGUGGUCUGCUUUAGAAGUGAAUUAGCUGUAGAGGAAGGGUUCUGCACUGCCUCAAAAUAUUAGCUAACCCACAGUGCGUCUCCCUGAUAAUUCAAUGAAGAGUAUGUAAAGCUAGCACCGGUAGAAGCUGGUCUUAUUUAAACUAUACAGUGUAUAGUGUGUUUACAAGUGUACCUCCUCUGAAUGGCUGACGGAACAGAAGUGAUGGAGCCACAUUAAAAAAAAGGAAGCCUUCUUUUCUCAGCAGCUGUAAGGCAUACAAGGAAGUCAAAUGUGGUUUUUUACAUUACAGCAUUUGGUUGUACAUUUAAUUUCCUUUUUUUGUGUUCUUGAAUUUUUUUUACGGUGGAUUUUCUUUUUGUGAUUUGUGGUACUUUUUAUUGAUCCGAGUUCAGUAGUUCCUCUCCGCUUGUAUUUAUCUGCACAGGUUUUGGUCUAAUGCCCUAAUUGGGGUGGUGGUGGAAAAGUCCUUAGGCUUGCGAACCAGAAGGUCACCGGAUCAAGACCCCGAAAGACCAAGUGCUACCAAGGUGUCCCUGAGCAAGGCAGUGUUCACUACCCUACGGUAGGAUGGGUCAAAUGCAGAAUGUAGAUUUCCCCUCUGUGGGACUAUACAGGGUUCAUAUUUUCCAGAUGAAUAGAUUAAUUGUGGGUAACGAUCAGCAAAACUUACAUUUCACUUUCAGAAAAUACCUAAAGAAAACUUUUAUUUCAGGAACAUGCUCAAAAAUUUCUACAAGUCAAAACUCCUGAUUAUCCUAUUGAAUGUUCUUAAUCAAAAAAUCGUUCUAAAUGAAGUUAAAUGGAACUACAUAAAAUGUUCAUCAUUGUUCACUCAAAAAAAAGGAAGAUGCCUAAUAACAAUGUGUGUCCUUUAAACCUCACGGGAACGUAAUGUCUCUAUGGAGGUACACUACAACAUGUAAUACAUUACAGUUACAGCCUCUACAAGACUGUUAAAUAGUGAUUCACCUCUUCCUUGUUUUUUAUUUUGAAUUGUCCAAUCAUCAUUCUAAGUCGGUUUGUUUCAUCAUCAAGACACUACAUCCUGUUUAUUUCAAUAUAUAUUUUGAUUAUAUGAUUUUUUUUUAACGUGCUGUGUGUCUUUUUAAGGUGUAAGCUACAUUUUUAUAGAUCAGCCUGUUUUAAAGAACUAUAGACGAAUAUGGUUUUAUGUUUGUGAUGAAAUAACAUUCACUUUCAGGAAGACGCUGAUUUAGAGAUAAUGAUGAUGUGUGUGUGUUUAACAUGUGUGACUGCAUCAGUGUAGCUACAGCACAGGGCAGUGAGCGGUGAAAGAAAUAUGACCUCUUUAACAUUCGACAUGCCUUCAGAGAUGUUUUACAGUUGCGUAGAGCAAAGAGAUAAAUGACUGAUAUGUUUUACCUUCUGUGAAGGCUGGAUAUGGAUAUUUUUUUACAAAGGGUUGGAGCAGGGACAAAAUGAAAGGACUGUUUGUACGUGUUCAGUGUGACCUCCAGUGUUUCCUCUAUGACUGAUUCUGUUGUUUUUGUUUCACAUUUGCUCUGUUUGUCUAGUCCUCCGCUGAACAUUUACAGAGAACACACAGGAUGAUUGUUAAAGGAGAAUGUGCCCGAGACGGGGCGGAGCGUGGAGUUAUCUGAAGCGCGCCAACCGAGUAAAUACCCAUACAGAUAACUUUGACUGCCAGUGAAUGUAGGUGAGAAAGAUGAGAAUAUUUAUUAUUUUUGUUAUACCCUCUAACACACAGACACAUGAAGACGUGUUUUGUGUUCAGGCUCAGUCAGAAAAAUGGGAGCUAUCGUAGACCAUUUAUGAACCAGCCCAAAUGAGGGAAGACUACUGGAAGAAUAAAUCCAGUCAUUGAAACAGUCAUAGGUGACCCCUCUGGACAGUCAGUCCCAUGUACCUUCCCUUGUCAUGAAAACGUGCACAGAUUAUACCUGGAUUUUAGAGAAAGACCCGCAGUUAUCAUCUAAUUUAACUGUGCGAUGCGCACAGCAAGAGUUCACAAUUUGUGACAAUUACAAAAAGUGCAACUAGAAAGAAUAUUAAUCGUGCCAAACCAGGAAGUGUUUAUUACUAUUCUUAAAGGGCACUAUUGUGCUUUUUGGAGGUUUUGUGCGUGUAAAUGGUCUGCGGCUAAAAUCCCAAAGUUCCCUCCAAAGGGAGUUUCUGCCCUCUUACCUAGUUUAAAAGUGGCCAAGGGUCCUUUCAAACUCCCUGUUACGUUAGAAAGCCUUUUGGUGUAAUUCAUUGAAAAAUUCACAUGAUGGAUGUUUCGUUUAUUAAAGUUUUGAGCGGCUCUGAAGCACACUAAACCAUUUCGAACAUACAAUUAACUCUGGAUUAACACAGAGCUGAAAGGUGUGGCUGAUUUUAUUUUUUACAUUCCUCAAACUGUGUUACAUAACUUUUAACAUGUCUUCUGACCAGUUGAUUGUUGAACAGAAGAUGACGGCUGUCUAUAGACAUUUCGAUGUAAAUCCUGAGUGGUUCUAAUAAUAUAAUACUACGGCAGAUUAAUAUUCACCGCUGCUCUGUAUCAAAAUAAAUGAUUAAUAAAUGAUUGGGUGAGAAUAA